AUGGCCCGUACCCGUACGUUCUACUCACGUUACCAGCGUUUCCGCUCACUGACAGUGCGAUAUUGUUGCUUUUUGUCCCGCGUUACACGCACGUCGUAUCCUAACGUCCUCGUCAUUUCUCUCUGUUUCGCCUACGCUACACAGGUCGUCAAGCCCAUGUGGCCAUUCUUCGCUGCCUCCGCGGUGACCUACUAUCUCGUUGCCCAGAUGCAGGACAUGGGUGUUCGCUCCGAGCAAUGGAAGAAUGACCCCCGCAACCCCUACGUUGCUCAGAUUAAAAAGGAGGAGGCGCAUCACUAG